CAAUCACAUUUUUUUUAUCAACAGGUCUCAGCAUUACAGGACGACAAACAGAAAUUGCAGGGGAGGAUUCAAUUGUUCUUGGAUAACAAAGGAUUAAAACAUUAAUACAAACAGUGAAUCUCGUAGUAACUAGUGAGAAUCGAGAAAAUUUUGCAGUGGAAUUUGGGAUCAUUUUUUUACCUUCAAAAAGGAAUUUGGGAUCAUUUUUCAGUGGAAAACAAUGAUGCAGCCAGUUCAUUCGUUCAGUUCUCUUCCAGAAUGCUCCCUGUAUAAAAACGGAGCAGGCGAGCAGCUGGCACGGCAAUCAGCAACCAUUUCAAAAUUCGAAUUCUCCCCCACUUCCCCGUGCUUGAAUCUCUUCUCUUCUCCAGUCUCCGCCCGCUGCCGCCACUCCCACGCCUGACACCCCGCCUCCCUUGUCGCGCAAAACCACCCAAUUCGAUCGGAAGCUGCCGAAUCCUAAACCCCAUGAAGAUCUCCGAGCUCUCCCCCGAGUACCGGCAGCCGCCGCCGCACGCCGGCCUCCUCACCGACCUCAACAGGGUCGUCGCCGACGUCGAGGCGUUCGACACCUCCGAUUCCUCCUCCCCGGAGAAGCUCGCCGCCGAUCUCCGCCGCCUCCUCACCAACCUCGCCUCCGCCGCUUCCUCCUCCUCGGGCCUCGACGGGGCGUUCAGGGUCAAGGUGUGGCACCUCGCCUUCCGCCUCUGGAAUGCGUGCGUCGACCGCGCCAACCACAGCUUCCCCUCGAGGGUCGCGGAAGCGGAGAUCCGGCAGGCGGCGCCGGAGCUCCUCCUCGUCGCUGGCCUCCCGGAGGACAUCCCCGACGCCCCAGCGAAGGCGGCGUCCUUUUUCCACCGCACAGGACUGGUCUGGCUUGACCUCGGCCGCCCCGACCUCGCCUCCGCCUGCUUCGAGAAGGCCACGCCGCUGGUCUCCGCCGCCGACACGGAAGGGGAUCGGGCCGUCCUGCUGGACCUCAACCUCGCGCGGGCGCGCGCGGCGUCGAUCGUGGGCGAGCAAGCCCUCGCCGUCGCGCUGCUGAGCCGGUCCAAGCCCCUCGCGGCGUCGUCUCCGGAGGGCGUCAAAGCCCUCGCCGAGGAGUACCUCCGCAUCGGCCAGGCUGCCCUCGCCACGAAACCCCCGGAUCCCGCCAUCGACGCGUCCAGCCUCUUAACUGAGGCGCUUGAUCUCUGUGAGAAGGCCGCGGCCUCCCCGACCACGCCAACGACCCCGGGAUCCACUCCUGCAACUCCGAAUCUCCAAGGGAUCAAGGAUCAAUGCCUCCGCUUCCUCGCCGUCGAGCGUCUCGAAGCCAAAGACUACGAGGGCACCCUGCGCUGUAUUAGUGUCAGGAGAACCUUGCUGGGGCUGGGGGAGGAGCACCCGAGCAUUGGGUUCAUGGCGCUGCGCGCGUGCCUCGGCAGCGGGAACAUGGCGGAGGCCGAGAGGGAGCUCGAGACGCUCAUGGCGAACGCCAGAGCGCCGGACUUUCUGUGCGUGUCGGCAGCUGAGCUGUACCUUGCCAGCACGGGGCCGGAUGCUGCGUUUAAGGUGCUCAAUGUGCUUGCCGCACGGUGCUGUGCUGGUGCUGCAGCUGCUGCUGUGAGGGUGUUGAAGAAGGUGGUUGAGACUGCAGGCGGCGGAACUGGGCGUGCAAGAGUGAUUGCUGAGCUCGUGUCCGAUGAGAGGGUGGUGAAGCUGUUCGAUGGCCCUGCUAACACCCACGAGCGCAACACGAUGCAUGCAUUGCUAUGGACCUGUGGCACUGAGCAUUUCCACGCAAAGAACUACGAGAUCGGUGCAGAUUUGAUUGAGAGGUCAAUGCUUUAUGUUUCCCGUGAUGAGGAAAGCAGAUCCCGCCGCGCAGACUGCUUCCGAGUACUUUGCCUUUGCCAUAUGGCACUUCGGCAUCUUGAUCGAGCUCAAGAGUUCAUCACUGAGGCUGAGAAGGUUGAACCCAAUAUCCGCUGUGCUUUUCUGAAGUUUAAGAUCCUUCUGCAGAAGGAGGAGGAGGACGAGGCUAUCAAGCUGAUGAGAACCAUGGUGGGUUAUGUAGACUUCAACCCUGAGUUCCUGACACUCUCAAUUCAUGAAGCUAUGGCCUGCAAAUCUGUUCGUGUGGCAAUUGCUGCAUCGACCUUUCUUCUAGGUCUGUACUCUGCUGGAAAGCCAAUGCCAAUGACCGAGGCUGCUGUCCUCCGCAACAUUAUAGCCCUCCUUCUCCGUGAGCCAGGAUCUGAGGCUGAGAUCCUGAAGUACUCAAGACGUGCCAAGCUACGGAUGGCUGAGCUUGGCAUGGAAGCUGUUUGUGGCAAGGGAACUGUUGGGCUACGUGAACGGAAUUGGUUUGCAGUCAAGUUAUGGAAUAUGGCUAUAAAGAUGGCAAAGGAGAAGAAGUAUGAUUACUGUACUGAGUUCUUUGAGCUUGCAGCUGAAUUUUUCAGCUCAGGUAAUGGUGAGGAUGAUGCUAACCAUCUCUUGGUUUGCAAAUCAUUGAUCAUGAGUGUCGCUGCCAAGCUCCUUACUGACGAGCUAAACAAAUCUCCAUUAUCUGAUUCUGACCUUAAAAAGGGCAUUGAGAUGCUCAGCAGAGCUGGCAAGUUGCCUUCGGUUCUAAUGACCUCUGAUCAGUUGGAGGAUAAUAACUUGCCCUUUCUACAUACCUUCAACUUCUACAAGCUUCUCAACAGGAUGGACACUAGCGCACACCCUCAGCAGCUCCAAUUGGUCAAGAAUUUUGCUGCAUCUAAAGCAUGUACACCAGGUCAUCUUCUCAAACUUGAAGAAAUAGCUUCUCAAGGUACCCAACCAAACCUACAGGUUGCUGAGUUUCUCCUGAAGGCCAGCAUCACUACUGCCCUUGCUUCUCACUCGCCAAACUAUGGGAUAAUCAGCAUUGCCCUUAGAAGGUUAGCGCGCAUUGCUGGUCUCCAAGACUCCAGUGGUAGCAUGAGUGAUGCAGUCUAUGACGUAUUUCGACAAGCUUACCAGAUUGUGGUUGGACUUAGAGAUGGUGAAUAUCCAUUUGAGGAAGCACAGUGGCUUACAUUGACUGCAUGGAACAAGUCAGGUUUAGCUUCACGGCUUGGGCAAUGUUCAAUUGCUAGGAAAUGGAUGAAGAUGGCAAUAGAUCUUGCUCGGCAUUUUGAGAGCAUGAAGCAGUACGUAUCAGGAAUGGAGGAACACUUUGAGCGCUUUCAGAAAGUAUCUGGUAAAGAACCUGAUGAAUGUAGCCAGCAAGAUGGGGCACCAAGUACUAGCUUGUCUGGUAGCGUGUCUCAACCUGGAUUAGCUUAGACAUUUUGAACGGUGGAAAUUCAUGGCUGGAUAUAAAUAGAGCAUUUCUUUGAAUCAUACAUUUCAAUAUUCUUCGUCUGAUUGAUGUGCAGUUGUGCACACACAUAUUCUUUCAUUUGACGAUGAAAAUUGUUCAUCCAUUCAAUGAUCUGUAGACAAGUAUGUGGACUAUUUUCUUGGCAUAUAAAUGUCGGACUUUAAGUAUGCUUGUGUGCAGGGAAAAGUAAAAAAUUUCUCUUAUAUUGGGUGAUUUCUCUAUAAGUAUGUGGACCUUGCGUUGGCAUAAGGGUGUUCAAUUUUAGCAUGCUCAUGUAGUCAUGUGUAAAAGAGAUAUUGAUUGUGUGCAUUAAAAUCUAUUUUCACAGCAAAUUGGUUUUCUUGGACUAGUUUUCUGUUCAAGACCACCAGUCAGUGAACUCUGUAAGGACCUGUUAUCAUUUCAUUACCAUACUAUGGAGACCUCAUAGCCAUCCAAAUUAUUAUGGAAGAAAAUUGGGGUUGAAGAGGAGCAAAAAAAAGGACAUGAAACAUUCUACACAAACAAAGACCACCUAUCUGACAUACACUAUGCUGAACAUAACAACGGGGGUAAAAGUGAAUCCUUUUCCUUCAUGGAAUGACUGGUUUUCAUCUGUGAAUGCCUGUUUCCCUUUUGUUAUGGAUAUUCUAUUGCCUUACACAGGGACCAGGUUCUGCUGGUGAUGCACGACCAUAACCAGCUAGUGGUGCAGCAGCUACUCCUCUUUGGUUCAGCAAACACCUGAAGCGUGCCAAUCUUGAUGUUACUAAUCUUGUGUCAUUUGCAAGCUUCUCAAUCGGAGUCCAAAGUCUCUCUUCAAGGCAAUGCAAUGUAAGAGGAUUGGGGUUCGUUCAUGUAAAAUCCUUCCCAUGAGGCAUCCAAGUGAUCCAGGUACCACUUAUCCUGGUUGCUUACUAUGCAUCUAAGCCCUGCAGCAACAACUUUUGGUGCUACAUCUUCUCCAAGCCUGUUAAUUCGUGGGCAAAUCUGCCAACUGUUAACUAUUGAUAGCAAUAAGAAGAACCAGAAUGAACUUAGUAUGAGUAUGUUUUGUAAUGUACUACCUCCUUUUCUUUGUGUAAGGCGUAUUAGAUUUGAAAAGGUCAAACUUUGUAAGUUCUGUCCAACAAUUAGUUAAACUAUAUGCAUAUACUUGCUAAAAGUUGCUCCAAUAGAAUCAUAUUUCACAUAUCUUCAAUAUGCUAUCGAUUUUGUAGCAAUUGAUGAUGUAUUAUAAGAGAACUUGUUUGUCAAUAUUUCUUUCCAAAGUUUAAAGAAAAGGAGGGAAAAACUUAACUGAAUCUAAACUCUUAUUUCACUGAACAUGCAAGCAGGCCAAAAAUGGAAGACCUUUUGUUUCAGAACUGUAUUAGUUUGUGUGCUUUGCGGGUUGCAUGAUUAUUUCUGGGGCCUUAAGUAGCAAAAUUUGGCCUGGAGGACUCUGGACUGAGAGUUGUAGUACUUAUUGUUUCCCAGAGGGGCGGUUAAGCUAAGUACUGUAAUGACUAUAAUCUUUGCCCUCACAUAAAGAGAUAGAAGGGGGAGCUUGUUUUGGCUCUCUGGAACUUUUUUUAAAAAAAUUAUAUGCAUGCAUGCUGCAAGCUACUAUAAAUUCAAGGAAAGCAUCAUAUAAAACUGGGAGUCACUAUGCUACUGUUGCAAGCAAUUAAUUUCCUAUGUUACAAAUCAAGCACAGUGAGUAAAAUACCAGUUAUGCACCACAGUUUUACGAUCCAGUUUAUCUCCAAAAUUGUUAAAUGUUUCUUCCCUGUAAACAUAAAAGAUGUCUGUUAAAUUUUAGUGUCAAUAACUUUUUGGUGCCUGUCAGAUUGGCAAAUAGCAUACCAGUUAAUGAUAUCGUAGCCAUGUGAUAUUGCUAUCUUUUGAGAUCUUAAUACGAAAUCUCUGUAUGCAUCUGAUACAUUCAUAUGGUUAUUAUUCAACCUGUAAAAGGAUUAUCUUCCAUUAGUUCACUGAUACAAGAACAUGGCCAAAUUAUUUUCUAGUUAUGAUGAUAGGAAUUCAUCAAAACACCGUUAUCAAAUUAUGAGUUAUAUACCAUCCUUCAAUGUGUGGUGUUUUGGUCCAGCAGCCUGAAAUUCAGAGAGAGGAGUGAAUGGGUAUGGUUUAUAGAUCUACUAUUCUAUCACUGCAUUAUAUCAACUGAACAACUGCAGAUGCAAUCCUUGUGCUUACUUGUGUUUACUUCAUCACCGCCUAAGUGGGCAAAUUUGAACUUAAAAACCUUGCUAAAAUCUGAAAGACAAUGCAAACUUUGAACUCUGUUAGGCAGUUGUAAUAUAUUUACUAUUGGCUAUCAGUGGUGACUGUAUGCAGAUCAUGUAUUCAUUAUAUCUGGUUCCCUAUUUUAACUCUCUUUCAGGACAUGCCCACAAACUACUGAUCUUUUCAAAUAACAAACUUAGGAGCCACUUCAUUUUCGUUGACAAAAUCAUGAUGUACCUGAAAGAAUGCCAUCAAUGACUUCGAAUGUAAAGUUUUUACUGACAUCAAGGGGUUCUCUGCAGCUAUCUGAUGGCCACAAUGACGGGUAGCCAACGCCCCUGAAAAGAUACAAAUUUCACGAUUUUACUUGUUGAAUAACUCUAGUCUGUCACCUUGAAUGGCUUCAAUGCAUAAUAAUGAGUAUGGAUCUUCUCCACUGAAUGAUUCCAAGAACAUCAAUCUCAGCCAACACAUUUACACCUCGCCUUUCAGCAUACCUGCGAGGAGAGGUGUAGCUACCUAAGUUUUAUGAUGAUAAUAUCUAAUGGAGGUGAAGAACGGAUACAUCGAAUAUGCAAUAAAGAGAAUUACAAGAGAAAGGCCUAUUAAGAUGGUUUUGGUCAGCAAUAUGCAUGCUACAGGAGGUACUGAAGGCAUGAACUGCGCUAGGAUUCUCAGAAUUCAUUAUCAAGAAAAAAGGAAUUGCAGAAACUACAUUGGAUCUCCUGUAGUUGGAACAGUUAAGUUAUACGACUCAUCUGCGCCAAAGUUGAGCUGCAGGAGAUGAACAAUGCGAAGUAUAUUAAUUGAAAGAUGAAAAAUUCAAUCUGUAGAUGGACUUGCAGUUUGUCAGAUCAAACAAGCAGGUUACCUCAUCUUCAGGUGUAUGGACAACUAUAUUAACACAGAGCUUCUGUGUUCCAUGGGACACCGUCUUGGGCAUCGGCCACAAGUCGAUGUUGUCAGCAGCGAUGCAGGAUCCAAUUGCCAGAAAUGCUAGCAGCAGCCUCAGAGCCGGUGUCAUCUCUGCAGAGUGGUGACACAAUCUUUUCUUGGCAAGCUCGAAUGGCCAGCGUCACCUCCGAGAAAAAGAAAUGAUGGUGAAAAGAGAAGUCGCAAGGAAGAAUGCAGCAAUCUGCAAGCGUGAGGCGAGUACCUUUUCUCUCUCCUCCCCGAGCUGUCUGAAAGAGAACCAAUGGGAAAGCCAGUUGAACUCCUAUCUUAGGAUGAAGACGAGCGACGAGGAGGUAUAUGAGGAGGGGCCACCACGGGCAUUGCAGACUGGGGUCAAGGAGUGGUUAGAUGGAGGGAAGAAAAGGCAUGCACAGGCACAGGUAUGGUGCACUUCGGUGACCCAGAACAGGUACGGAUGGCCAGGCAAUCAGCUCAGCUCACUUAUAUGCUAAUUUUGGUAGCUUCACUGCUCCGUACCCAUGGCUCGCUCAUAACAAAUAUGUUUGCAGCUUAGCAGUUUCGUGAUAAAUACGUGCCUAAACGCCGGCCACGUUCUCCCAUUUUGUGCUAAUGCAUUUUUCAUUUUGACAUAAUAUGAACCGGAGGCACCGAGUGAUGAUUUUUUUAUUAUAUAUUCCUGGUUAUUUUGCAGAUCGCUGUGUCUGCUCUAGGGCUGCUGGCUGGCGAGAUGGUGGGAGUGGGGAGGUGCCGCGGGUUGUGGCUAGUAAAAAGGCGUGACAAGGAUCUGGUUGGUAGGUUGAUCACACUUUGUUGCCCGUUGUCACACUCCAACGGAGCGUCACGGCGCUGGCCCUCUCGAGGGAACCUUUAGCUUGUUUAACAGGCCUUCCCCUGCUGUUGGUGGCGGCGGCAUGGUGCAUGGCUUUGCAAUAGUGGGACUAUGCCACAUCCGAUCAUCCGAGCAGGAUUGAAGCUGCUAAGUCCUCCGUAGGUGAGCCAUCCUUAAGGAGUUGGUACACGGAAUUUGCGUGCUGGUGGUGGCUUGCUGAAAAGAUGAGUGGGGUGGCGCAAGAAAGGAACGCAUUGUGGACUUUAGGUCUUGAAACCCACGGCAUGAACUUGGGCCAGAUUUACUUUGGACAAACGGUUUUUUCCCAUUUUUGCUGAUCUGGCCCAUGCACCUGAAAGCGGACGGGGCUGAUCAGUAUUUUUGGCCCGUUAUCACUAGUCAGACGUUGUCGCUAACAUUAUCUUGUGGAUUGGGUCCAAUAAGGUUUCCCAAAUGGUCGCACAGUAACAUUAUCUUGUUCUGUA